ACUCCAUCACCCACCCACUCAACGGCCGGUUCUACGUGUGGUUGCUGUUUCUCUGCGACGCCUCUCAUUCGAGUUGAUUUCAUUGUUCUCACGAAUAUACACCCAUAAUCAACGAACUAGAAAAUGGCGACAAAGGCAGCUUUCAAGCGGCUCACUCGCGAGUACCAAAACAUUCAAAAGAACCCACCACCUUUCAUUAUUGCUCAUCCAUCGGAGACAAAUAUUCUAGAAUGGCACUAUAUCCUGACCGGUCCCCCUGGCACCCCGUAUGAGAAUGGGCAGUACUGGGGAACCCUGAUGUUCCCUCCCGAGUAUCCGUUUGCGCCUCCCGCCAUUCGAAUGCACACUCCGAGUGGUCGAUUCCAGCCGUCGACGCGACUCUGCCUCAGCAUUAGCGACUUUCACCCAAAGUCCUUCAACCCCGCAUGGGAGGUGUCAACAAUCCUGAUCGGACUACUUUCAUUCAUGACCAGUGAAGAGAUGACCACGGGUAGUGUCAGCGCUUCCGAGAGUGAGCGCCGAGUACUGGCCGCGCGAUCACGGUGGUGGAACUCGACCGGUGGCGGCUCGCAUUCCAGCGCCACCCCCGGUGUGACGAAGACAACUAAAGGGAUUAAUAAUGUCAAGGCUGGGGAUGGUGGCUUCAAGUUCCGCACCGAAUGGCCAGAGUUGGAUCAAGAGAACUGGGCUUGGAUGAGAGAGCAUCGCAUUGACCCUACGUCCGGUCAGAUCCUCCCGGACCCCAACGCCCCUACCAAGUGCUCUCCAGAGACCAGCGCCCUCCGUCGGCGACCUAACGGCAGUGCGCCCGGGAUCGGUGCCGUCAUGGAAGGGGGACAUGUGGCUCGGGAAGCCGGGCAAAGCUGGGCUCGCCGCAACCGAAUGUGGAUCGGAUUAGCCGUACUAUUUGGCUAUGCGCUCCUGUCACGACUGGUCAGUGAUAUACAAGGAUGAGAGAGAUAAGCCGAGGAUGCUGGGCUGGUCACUAGACAUCUUUCAUUGUAUCUAUUUUUCUCGCUUUUUCUUUUUCUUCGGCCCUGUCAUUAGCGGUUAUAUCUUUGGUUUUUAUUCGGGGGCAUCCUGCGGCGCAUUAGAGAUCUUUGGGUAACGGCUUGCUCUAUUCUGGCUUGCAAUGAAACGGGCAUUCGUCCUUAGCCAUUCUACA